AUGGAGAAGCCGUCAUUUCCUAGAAGGUUUUUCAGCAAAGGUUCCGAGCCUGCAUCCGAGAAGAGCAUCGGAUACUACAGCAACAACACUAAGCUGUUUGAGAGUCUUGUCGCUCUCUUCACCGACGAUGAAUGGGCUGAGCUCGAGGGAUCUCCGCUCGGUGUCUUCUUCAGAUUCGCGAGGAGGACUUUCAAUUGGGCAUCAAUGAUUGUGAAGUGUAUCCUUACAUGUCAAAUAGCGUGCAACAAACCCUUUGAGAUAUGGAGUGUGGUUGGGCACAACCCUGUAAGGUUCUCGUUAAACGAGUUUGCACACAUAACCGGUUUGAACUGCGAGUACACGGAGAAUCUCCAGACCCCCUCCUGUGCUGACGUUGAUGAAGAUGAGUUCUCUGAGUUUUGGCAUAAACUCGGUGUUCCUCUCACCAGUGCGAGGGAAAGUACUGCUACGCCGCUGGGGAUGGCAAAGUUGGUAAUGGACCUAGAAGAGUUCGAGGCUUAUCCUUGGGGGAGGGUAGCCUUCUUGAACCUCAUUCAAUCUGUGAAAAGCGCCAACCUCAGCAAGCACUACGUUCUGUGCGGGUUUGUUGAAGUUCUUCAACUGUGGACUACUACGCUAUGCCCACCUUCGGCGAAGAAUACGGUGAUCCCUAUGCCGCUCCGCAAUCUCCGCCUUUGA